UCCUGCAGCGCAGGCAGACGAGGAAGCUUUGGUGCCAGCUCCUCUCUGCCUUUCCCCUUGCCCGGCCCCGUUGGCCUGCGUCCUGCCCUUCGAGAUGCCGGCUUACCACUCCACUUUAAUGGACUCAGACACCAAGCUAGUUGGGAACAUGGCACUGUUACCCAUCAGAAGCCAGUUCAAAGGCCCAGCACCUCGGGAAACUAAGGACACAGAUAUUAUAGAUGAAGCCAUCUACUACUUCAAAGCUAACGUUUUCUUCAAAAACUAUGAAAUUAAGAACGAGGCUGACAGAACACUGAUCUAUGUAACCCUCUACAUUUCUGAGUGCUUGAAAAAGCUGCAAAAGUGUAACUCCAAAGGCCAAGGAGAGAAAGAGAUGUACACACUGGGAAUCACUAACUUCCCAAUCCCCGGGGAGCCUGGCUUUCCACUUAAUGCCAUCUACGCCAAACCUGCCAACAAGCAGGAGGAAGAGGUGAUGAGGGCCUACCUGCAGCAGCUGAGGCAAGAAACUGGUCUUCGCCUUUGUGAGAAAGUAUUUGAUCCUCAGAGUGACAAGCCCAGUAAGUGGUGGAUCUGCUUUGUGAAGAGACAGUUCAUGAACAAGAGUCUGUCAGGUCCUGGGCAGUGAAGAGGCAAAGUAGCAACAACAUUAAACAUUGUCACAGCAAGGUGUUUAGGUAUUUUGCCUUUGUUUUGGAUACAUUUUGUACCAAGGAAGAAUUAAGUGCUUAUGAAGAAAAAAACAAAACCCCACCACAAACCAGUCAAUGAGGGCUUAGAGGGAACAAAAAGAUAACUUGAAUAAGCAAAUACUAUUAAGCUGGUGCUUAAUAAGUGAUUUCUAACAUGCUGUUUCAGAUCCAAGCUGCUUCAUUAUCAGUGACUGCAGCUGGCAUUUAAAAUGGGGCUUGUAUUUAAGAGAAGAAAUGGGCUUGCCUGUGGGGCAGGGGGAGCUGUGGGAUUGCUCUGCUGGCUGGAGUCUCAGUACUGUAUGUCCACGGAAAACACGCUUCUCACGCUGUGUUGUCGAGUGCAGUGGUUUUUACCUUGUUUUCAAUAAACUUGGCUUGUAAUUAAUGUGGUAA